GUUUUCUCGGAUGAGAUCAAAACAUUUACAUUAUUAAUUUCUUUAAUUAAUAGUUAAGGCUAAAUUUAAGUGAUCUUAAUUAAGAUUAUAUUGAUAAAAUGAUUUCACAAAAAGAUAACGAAGAAGGGAAACUGUUUGUAGGCGGUCUAAGCUGGGAUACUCAAGCGGAUAGCCUACAACGUUAUUUUAGCCGCUAUGGGGAAGUUAUUGACUGUGUAGUGAUGAAAAAUAAUGAAACAGGCAGAUCAAGGGGAUUUGGGUUUGUGACUUUUGCUGAUCCUGAGAAUGUCAAACGUGCUCUUGAGAACUGCCCUCAUAAUUUGGAUGGACGAACUAUUGAUCCAAAACCGUGUAAUCCGCGCUCGAUGCAUAAACCGAAAAGAGCGAAUGCUGGAUUUCCAAAAGUAUUUCUCGGUGGCUUACCAGCAAAUGUUACUGAAAGCGAUUUGCGUGCAUUUUUCGUACGAUAUGGACAAGUUAUGGAAGUUGUUAUAAUGUAUGAUCAAGAAAAGAAGAAGAGCCGCGGUUUUGGAUUUUUAUCUUUUGACUCUGAUGCAUCUGUAGACAGGGCUUGUGCCGAUCACUUUAUUAAUCUUAAUGGUAAGCAGGUUGAAAUAAAGAAAGCGGAACCGCGAGAUGGAUCGACAAAUCAUAUGAUGCAAAUGGAUCCAAAUCAAUCAAUUGGUGCGUCACAUUGGGGAGGUCCAAUUAUUGGUAAUGGCGGACCGAUGCCAAUGGGUCCAAUUAGUGUCCCGAAUAUGGGUAAUAUGGGAAAUACUGGAUUUAAUUACAAUUACGGAUCUACGACUCCUUCAAAUCCAUCGUUUGGCUGGCCAACGCCUCAGCAAUGGGGUAAUAAUAACUAUGCAGUUCCUCCGCAUCAAGCACAACAGGGAGCAGCACAAGGAGCAUAUGGAGCAUACGAAUAUAAUGGAGCUAUUGGAUAUAACUCGACGAGCAGCUAUGGUGCAAAUGGAAAUAAUUGGAAUUCUUGGAAUCCAAAUAUCACAAAUAUUGCACCGAAUACUGGAUCUACAUCUGGAGAACAUAUGUAUCGACCACAAUCAGGACCGAAUAUGCAUUCAGCACCACCACCAAAUGGAGGUGGAAAUCUUUCUAAACCCGGCUCUGAAUAUAAUGGAGCGGCUGCUUAUAAUGGCGCCUAUACGAAUUAUUAUAGUGAGCAACCAUUCAGUAAUCAAAAUCGACCACGUUCGUACGGAAACAACGAGCAAUAUCCAGCAUUUUAAGAAUACGCGCACUUCUUUAUUAUGUAUAAUUUUUAAUGGUAAAUUAGUAUGCGAAAUUUACAAAAUGAUUCGCAGAAAACCCCCCCAAUUUCAUUUCAUUCUUAUACACAUUAUUAUUAUAUGAUUAUAAUAACUAUCUUACUCGAUCUGGAUUAUUUCUCUUUUAACUUCUACCCCCAGAAAAAAAUUGUAAUUUAUAUAUUUGGAUAUAGAAGCAAUUUCUAUCAACUUUUUACU